AUGCUGUUCUUUGCCUUUCUUCUCCUGCGCAUCUCCGAGGCCUCGCGGCCCUGCGGGGUUCCCAUGGGCACGCGGAUCCCGCUGAGGGGCCACCAGCCGUUUCUUGGCGGGAUUCUGACGGGGCGUCUUGGGGAGGUUGUGGCAUUCGUCCGAAGCCUGAAGUCAGUGCAAAUUAUAGACUGCACCGAAGAUGUCACCAAAUUCCCAAUGCUGCCCAGAGCCGUGUCCUUUGCUGCUCCAGAACUCAUGCUGCUGUGCGAGGAAGUUGUGGACGGCCCAGAGAUCGUCUUUGACUCGGUGAACCACGCGCUGAACGUCCAAAACCUCAUCUCCUGCCGCUACGGCGUGUUCUGCCACGGCACGGAGGUGGAGGUGAAGGGCAGCAAGUCCGCGUGCAACGGCACGUUAGCGUGCCGGACGGAUCAUGCGGGGGGCCCCGCCGACGCGAAUCACAGCGCCGUGCAGAGGGACCUUGCAAACAGUACCUUUGCCGUCGCAAACCUCCUUGUCUGCCGCUUCGGCUCCUACUGCCACGGUGGCUGGUGGUGGCAUGAUGGGCGGAGGGAGUGCCGUGGCGGCCUCGUGUGCCGCCAAGGCCCGUACUACCUGGACCACUUCGAUGCAGAACCCAGUGACCCCAGUGCCUCGAGCCAGGUGGCAGGGGAGCUGAGCAACCUCACCACCAUGCAAACCGGCAGUUCGGAAGAGGCCGAACUCUUCGCCUGCCGCUAUGGCUCCUACUGCCGGGGAGGUGCCAAGCCUAUCCUAUGUCCUGCGCAGCCGUCUUUUGACAGGGCGAGAGUCGCCAUGAGGAGGGGAGCGGAGAAAGACCUCGCUCGAGAGGAGUGGCCGCAGGCCGUUUACGCCUCAAGCGCUUCCCGACCUGCCUGCGACGGCGCCGUGUCUGCUGAGGCCAUGUUGCUCUUUGCCUUUCUUCUCCUGCGCAUCUCCGAGGCCCUGCGGGGUUCCCAUGGGCACGCGGAUCCCGCUGAGGGGCCACCAGCCGUUGUGGACGGCCCAGAGAUCGUCUUUGACUCGGUGAACCACGCGCUGAACGUCCAAAACCUCAUCUCCUGCCGCUACGGCGUGUUCUGCCACGGCACGGAGGUGGAGGUGAAGGGCAGCAAGUCCGCGUGCAACGGCACGUUAGCGUGCCGGACGGAUCAUGUGGGGGGCUUCGCCGACGUGAAUCAAAGCGCCGUGCAGAGGGACCUUGCUAACAGUACCUUUGCCGUCGCAAACCUCCUUGUCUGCCGCUUCGGCUCCUACUGCCACGGUGGCUGGUGGUGGCAUGAUGGCCGGAGGGAGUGCCGUGGCGGCCUCGUGUGCCGCCAAGGCCCGUACUACCUGGACCACUUCGAUGCAGACCCCAGUGACCCCAGUGCCUCAAGCCAGGUGGCAGAGGAGCUGAGCAACCUCACCACCAUGCAAACCGGCAGUUCGGAAGAGGCCGAACUCUUCGCCUGCCGCUAUGGCUCCUACUGCCGGGGAGGCUGGUGGUGGCACCACGGGCACCGUCAGUGCCGCGGCGGCAUGGUCUGCCGAGGCGGACACGGCGGUGGCGGAGGCGGUGGCGGCGGAGGUGGCGGCGGCGGCUGCUGGUGA